UCCCUCCCCUCUCCUCCAUGUUCGCGGCGUUGCUCGUCUCCAAACUAUUCUUGGUCCGGGAUUUUGUAGGGCUGGCCGAUUAGACACAUUGACACGCGGUGCAGGCCAAUUAGGUAAGAGAUUGAGAAAUACGUUCUUGUGAAUUGCCCUUUCGCCUCGUUUAUAUUCAAUUAAUGCGCGACGGCAUCGGUAGUUAAUUUCACCCAAGAGUGGAGAUCCUUCCGACGCUUUUCCUCAAGGGAACGCGCAUUUUCAUGGUCCGGAGACGAAAUUAUAUAUUCAGGGAGUUUGAUUGAGUAAGAUUACCUCCGAUUAGCAGAUUAGACAGCGUGGCAACAUGUUCAUGAGCGGGCGUGGAUACCAGGGAGGCGUUUCCAUCUCCAUGUCGAUGGUUCUUCUUGUUCCUCUUCAUGUACUCUGUCCGUACGCACUUCUUCGUGGAACAACACAGACACAGACAUAGACACAGACAGACACAGACAUUACAGCAAGUAAGACAUUCAAGUCAACCCUCUUCACGCUCGGAACUUCACACUAUCUAAUCUUGACAUCCUCUUUCUUUCUCUCUUUCUUUCUUCCCUCCUUCACUUCAUUCGCUACAUUGCAUUGUAAGAUCUGACCAGAACGAUCGAAUCCCGAUUCCUGCAAACCUAGGCUUAUUAAGAACGCUUUGGGCAGCCUUGCAGUUCUGUGUAUAUUUUUAAAAGUUCACUUCACUUGUUUCAAACGCGGAACCCUGCAAUUUCUCCUUAACACCGAGGAAAUUAUUUGAUACUCAGAAGGUCUUGCUAUUGUACCGGCCGGCAUUAGGUUAUUCAUACCGUGUUGCUUUGAGAUCUUUGCUUUGAAAACUCCUCUUCUUGAAGGGACAAGAAUUCCGAGGAUUCCAAGGCUGUGUCAAGUGAAUCAUCUUCGACCGUUAAUAAUAUCACAUUGGGUUCAAGGCUUACAAGGUCAUCUGCAAUACACGUUCCUGAAACUUACAUUACAGAACAAGCAAACAUGGAGACAGCCGAAGAAUACACCGGACGACCCUCCUUCACCAGAAGAUCACCAUCUCCAACUGGAAGGCCUUCACCCGCGAUAGGAGCAACCGGGGAUUCCGCUCGAUGCGUUUCGACAGCCUCCGAAGGCUCGGUCUUCUCUGGCAGAUCAAGUGCUAUGAGCCGUGCGUCUGAGCAAAGUUCGGUCGGAAGCUCGGUUUCUCGAUCUUCGUCUGCGAGUUAUGGAACUAGAACCUCUAUGGCAGGGCAGGAAAAGCCGAAACGACGCGGUUAUGUUCGACCACAAGGAACCAAUUUCGCAAAGUCGGCACAAUCGAGAGAGAGCGUCUUGAGCUUGGGAAGCAUAGCACAUUUACAGUAUUACUUCGCCCGAACUGGUCUAUUGGACGGGAAAGGUGGGCGAUUAAUGAAGAAGAGGAAGGAUGGUAGAGAGACUCUGGAUUUAUCGGUCUUGGACACGUCAUUCCUCGUACCUGGCUCGGGGUCUGAUGCGGACUCGUCAUAUGCUUCUACGGCUAGCAGCCCAGAGCUCUCUGCUCAAUUUGGCGGUAUGCUGGCGGACAGUCCUAUUCACGACUAUAACGAGGAUGUAGAUGAAUAUUUUAGCGGCGAAGAAGACGACAAUCCUUUACACAUGCUCCCUCCGACAGCAAGUACCUAUAUUCAUCGCGAGAAAGUCGUUGCACCUCCCCCAACUCUGAAUCAGCUUAGGCAGGAGUUGGUGGAUGCCCUCAAUAAUGCUACUGCGGCCUUAGAAGACGCAAAGCAUGCAAGAACUCCCCCAGCCUCUCCCCUACCCACAUCCAAAGCCGAAAAUACAAAUUCCGCAACCCCCGAUGCUAAGCAGAAAGGUUGGUUUGAGGUACAGGGUAUGAAUAUGCUGGAUAUUAUGACUCUCGCUAUUCGUGCGGCAAAAAUGUAUUAUACCGCUCAUGAACAUCCCGAACGCCUCCUAGCAAUCAAAUCGGAAAGAGAAAUCCGAGGAGAGUUGUUAUCUGUCCUGGAGGUUUUAAAACGUAUGGCUACUCGAGGAUUCGCCAACGGAAUACGCACAGAAGAAAGAGAAACGAUGGAUAACUGGGUUGACGGCGUACGUAAUAUGCUUAGACAGGAGAAAGUCCUGGAGCAAGAAGAGCGAAAAUUAAUAGCGAGUUGGACCUGGCUUCAUGCCGAUGGUUGGGCAGGAAAGGAGAUCGAAAGAGAGUAUGCAUUUUUAAAAUCUAUGGAUCCAGAACCCGAUACCCUGCCACCACUAUCAUUAGUGGACGAUGUAAAAGAUGACAGUCUCCUCCCUACACCAUUUCUCGCGGAAAUGAAAACUGGCCUAAGAUUAGUGAAGCUUCAUAAUGCAGCAGUCAAGAAAAGCAAAAGACCAUUUGGAGCGAUAUCUACGUUCCAUACUGAAUUUAACAAGCCAUAUCGAUCAGCCGAGAACCUUCGAUUCUGGGUCAAGGCUGCCGAGUUAAGAUGGGAAGCAGAUGUCAAAUUUGAUGUUAUGGGAGUAGUAAAUAGCGAAGACCGUGAUGCAUGGGAGGGAUUCGAAGAAGUAAUUUGGAAAUGGUGUCGAAUGGUUAGGGAAGAAUUAUCGGAAGAGCUCAAGAGACCAAGAAAGAUGUCUAUUAAGGUCUAAUUGUAAUGGACCAAUCAACCGAUUUUUGUUAUGAGUUUUUAUCUUCAUGUGUUUUCACGCUAAGGCUAGGGAGGGAAAGAGAUAGUUCUCUCUUGCAUACCAAUAUUUUAUUGCACAUAAUUAGGGUGGACUUUA